UCAGAGGUCAGAAUGCUUUCGUUUCUGCCAAAGAGAAACUGAGAGGAGAAAUGGCACAGAAAGGAGUUCAGCUGGACCGAGAAACUGUUUCUUGUUCCAUCUGUUUGGAUCUACUGAAGGAUCCGGUGACUACAGCCUGUGGACACAGCUACUGCAUGAACUGUAUUAAAUGUUUCUGGGAUGAAGAGGACAGGAAGGGAAUCCACAGCUGCCCUCAGUGCAGGAAGACUUUCACACCGAGGCCUGUCCUGGAGAAAAACAUCGUGUUAGCAGCUUUAGUGGAGCAGCUGAAGAAGACUGGACUCCAAGCUGCUCCAGCUGAUCACUGCUAUGCUGGACCUGAAGAUGUGGCCUGUGAUGUUUGCACUGGGAGGAAGCUGAAAGCCAUCAAGUCCUGUUUAUCUUGUCCAGCCUCUUACUGUGAGAAACACCUCCAACCUCACUAUGAUGCAGCUCCAUUAAAGAAACACAAGCUGGUGGCCCCCUCCAAGAAGCUCCAGGAGAACAUCUGCUCUCGUCAUGAUGAGGUGAUGAAGAUUUUCUGUCGUACUGAUCAGCAGAGUAUCUGUUAUCUCUGCUUGAUGGAUGAACAUAAAGGCCAUGAAACAGUCCCAGCUGCAGCAGAAAGGACUGAGAAGCAGAAGGAGCUCGAGGUGAGACGACUAAACAUCCAGCAGAGAAUCCAGGAGCGAGAGAAAGAUGUGAAGCUGCUUCAACAGGAGGUGGAGGCCAUCAAUGGCUCUGCUGAUAAAGCAGUGGAGGACAGUGAGAAGAUGUUCACUGAGCUGAUCCGUCUCAUCCAGAAAAGAAGCUCUGAUGUGAAGCAGCAGGUCAGAUCCCAGCAGGAAACUGAAGUGAGUCGAGUCAAAGAGCUUCAGGAGAAGCUGGAGCAGGAGAUCGCUGAGCUGAAGAGGAAAGACGGCGAGCUGGAGCAGCUCUCACACACAGAGGAUCACAACCAGUUUCUACACAACUACCCCUCACUGUCAGCACUCAGUGAGUCUACACACUCAUCCAGCAUCAAUAUUCGUCCUCUGAGCUACUUUGAGGAUGUGACAGCAGCUGUGUCAGAGACCAGAGAUAAACUACAGGACAUUCUGAGAGAGGAAUGGACAAACAUCUCACUGACAGUCACUGAAGUGGAUGUUUUACUGUCACCACCAGAGCCAAAGACCAGAGCUGGAUUCUUAAAAUAUUCACGUCAAAUCACACUGGAUCCAAACACAGCAUACGAACAGCUGUUAUUAUCUGAGCGGAACAGAAAAGUAACAUUUAGGUUACAACAACAGUCUUAUUCUGAUCAUCCAGACGGAUUCACUUAUUGGCCUCAGGUAAUGAGUAGAGAGAGUCUGACUGGACGUUGUUACUGGGAGGUGGAGUGGAGCGGGAGAGAAGUUGAAGUAGCUGUCACAUACAAGAAUAUCAGCAGAGCAGGGUGGUCAGAUGAAUGUCGGUUUGGAUACAAUGACAAAUCUUGGACAUUACAUUUUGAUAUAAACCCUUCUGAUUUCGAGUCAACCAGUUACAUAUUUAGACACAACAAUGUUAACACUGUCCUCUCAGGUCCUCGGUCCUCCAGAGUAGGAGUGUACCUGGAUCACACAGCAGGUAUUCUGUCUUUCUACAGCGUCUCUGAAACCAUGACUCUCCUCCACAGAGUCCAGACCACAUUCACUCAGCCGCUCUAUGCUGGACUUUAUCUUGCAUAUGGAGACACAACAGAGCUGAUUAAAGUCAAAUAGACCUUUGAGCUUCCAGUUUUUUGUUCUUGUCUCUCUUUGCUGUUGAGAGCUCACUGUUGUGCUGUUUCUUCUCUGCACAGAGAUCACUUUAUGGCUGUGAGUUUGACAUCUUA